CGCGGAAGCGGGUGCCCGGCCGCGGGAGCGGGUGGCGAGCCGGGCAGGUUCCUGGCCGCGCGUCACGCUGACUUCCGCAGAAGCUGUCCCGUCCGAGGAGCCUCCUGCCUGGCGAGAGGGCGCUGGCCUGGGACCCCGCGAGCCCGGCCUGCGCCCGGAGGAGCAGCGGGGCCAGAGCCUCCCCUCCUCUGGCCUGAUGGGUCCGCGCCGGGACGCACGGGGGUCGGGGGUCUCGUAGCGGGAGGGACUGGAGCUAGUUAGCCGCUGCUCCUCUUUAGCUUCUGCGGGGCUGGCGAUCCUGCUGGAGGAGGGGACCGCCCAGAGGUUGCCUGGGACAAAGGCCCUGGGCUCUUUGUCUGAGGCUCCUUCCCCCCACCCUUUCCUGCCCUCAUUGGGGCCCAAAGCCUGCGCGAGCUGUGGACACAUUUCUCCACCAGGCCAGUCCUGCUGUCCUGCCAGGAGACCCCAAGCCAGAGCGGCGGCUAGAGUCCCUCAUAGUCUCAAUGCUGUCUGUGUCGGGGCGGGGGGGGGGGGGGGGUCCUCACUCUCGACACAAGCUCUGCAAGAGCAAAAGUUGAAAGUCCCAAUGAAUGAAUGGUGAAGGAAUGAAGGUGGGGGGCGCAGGGGGGGCAAAGACUGGAGAACAUGGGUCUUAUGGGUCAGGUCUGGGGCUUCACUUUUGUCUGGGGGUGGGGGCAAGGGCGAGGGAACCGUUGUCAUUGUUAUGUACAUGUCUUCAGGCCUCCCUGCAGUGGCUCAAGUGGUGCAGGUGGAUGGGGGGGAGAGUAAGGGGAGGCUUCUCUCUUGGGGGUCAGGUAAAUGGGCAUCAGCCGCUGAGGGUUCAGAGGCUGUAGGAGGCACUCAGGAGGGGCCCCACUGCUCGUUAGAGCUCAGCAAGCCCCCCCACCCCAGGUUCUCAGGGCUCUACCCUGCCUCAUCUCCCCGCUCCCCAGUCAGCUCAGGCCCUAGGGAGGUCCACAUUCUCAGGAAGGCUGUCCUGCUGGCCUGUGGACACACAGGGCAGCAAUGCCUCCAAUACCCACCAAUCGCCGUGGUCAGGCUGGGGAGGGACCAUGGGAACCUCCCGUAGGGUUGGUUGGGGGUAUUGGGCUGAGGGGGUGACCAUGGCAGGCCCUGCUUGUCACUCUGUGUCCCCUGGGCCUGCUAAGGUUAGCUGGGCAAUAGCUCAGCCUCUUACUGCUUCUUCAGGCUGGACAAAGAGGGGGCCCAGGUUCACUUGGGGCCCUGGUCUGGGGUCUCCCUGGAGCCUCCUGGUAACAAACAGCCCCUCCCCUUCUGGGUGCAGGUAUCCAUGGCAACACUGUAGAGCCUUUCUCUCCCCAGGCCUGCUUGGAUUUCAGGCCUCAGGUGAGUUUUGGGGGGAGGGCCCUGAGUCUGAGGAGACAGGGGUGUCACCGGCAAAGGACUAGCACCUUUGGGGACCCUUGCUCUAGGCUGGGGGGCAGGACCUCAGGUCCUGGAGGGCAAGGGUGACAGGAGAUGACAGGGAAUGUGUGAACACCCAAGUGACGUGGUGCCAGGGUUGUGGGUGACGUUCUACCCUGGCCUGGUCGGAAACACACAGGUGUGGACACCCAUGUGACUGGCAGUGUGCUAUCCUGUGGGGUAGACACACACACACACACACACACACACACACACACACACACACACACACACACACACACACACACAUACAUACAUACAUACAGACACACACACACACCCUUCCUGGAGAGUGAUGCUCUGUGAACCAGCGGCGCUAUUUGGGGCCAUCGUACACAUACUUGUGUGUUGGUCAUGUAAGGAGAGCCCUGCAGGGGUGCCCCACACGGGACCCAGGGCAGACCCACCACCUCUCCUCUCAGCUCCGCCAACAACAUCAAGAAUGGCCCCUGAGUCUUGUCAGGAGGCUGAAGACGCCGAGGAAGAGGCUCUCCCAUCCCUGGUGGACCGAAAGCCGGUCAGUGGCCACGUGGGGCCUCCAGCCAGCGCCCCUGCAGACCCGGUGGCUUCUGCAUGCCCUCAGGACACCAAGCCCAGCUCCACCGGGAUGCUCUCCUCUGUCAACCUGCAGUAAGGAGGGGAGGGGGGCAGUCAGCCGCUCGGGCCAGACCCGCCAGAGAGCAGGGCUUGAUCAAGCGGCAGGGGCGCUGGCAUUUCAGGUCGGCCCUGGAGUCCCUGGACUCCUGCACCCUUCGGCUGCUGUGGGGGCAGCGGGAACUGGAGCUCCAGGCCCUGCGGUGGGCCAUCCAGAACCAGCAGGAGGCCCGGCACUGCCAUAUCCUGCAAGAGGUGGCUGGGCUUCCAGCCAAGAGGUCCUCAGGGAGCUCGCGUAGUCAGGAGAAGUUCCUGCAAAACCAGGUCCAAAAGCUGACUUUGGAGUUGGAAGAGCAGAAGGAACAGGCCCAGCUGGAGAAGGCGCACCUGGAGGAGCGGCUGCUGCAGGCCAGAAACAUGCUGCAGCAGCUGGAGGCUGAGCUGCAGGCCUUCCAGAAGUCCUGUCUCCUGCAGCUGGCCUGCUCCUCUUGGGUGGGCCGCAUGCUGCGGUCAUCCACGGGUAAUGUGGAGGUGGUGACAGCAGAGACCCUGAUGGACCCCAGCGACCUCUCUGAGAAUGAUCAGGCCGCCACUGCUGGGGAGGGUUUCCGGCUGGAGGAUGUAGACUGGAACAGCAUUGCCCACCGGUUCCCCAACCUCUUCACCAACCUUGAGUCCAACUCAGAUCCAAAGCAUCCCCAGGCCCCGCCGCCCCCGCAGCUCCCACCAGCCACACCAUCUGACCAGUGGAGCUCGGAGCUGUGCUAUCGAAACAGGGAGCAUCGUCUCAAGAGUGUCGAGUGGAGCGCCCUGCCCCUGGUGGGCACCAGCAGCUCCGGGGGCGCCGACUCCGAGUCCAGCAGCUGCCUGCUGGCUGUGCGUUAUCACGUGCAUCAAGUGACAGGGGACCCUCCACAGGCGCCAGGCCACACUGCUGAGCAGGUGGAGGCACAGGCGCAGAGCCUCUUCAGGGACACUCAGGCAGCAUCGGAAGGCCGCCUCUCCCUGGAUCUCCAAAAAUCCCACCUGGACAGGCAGAGCAAGAAUGGCCGGGAGCCUGAGUACCCCGCGCAUCCCCACUCCCGGCUUUCUGGGUGCUGUCCAAGCCCCUCGGGCGCCUGCCUGAAGAUCGUGGCCGUGAGCCGCCGCCAGCGCUUCGUGCGCAUCCUCAACCAGUCGCUGGAGGACACGGCCGACCUGGGUGACUUCGUGCUGCAGCAGCAAGUGCGUGACUUCCCCGUGUGCAUGUACCGCUUCCCACCUGGCACGCUGCUGGCGCCACGGCACCACAUCACGGUGUGGGGCGAGGCGCCCGGCAGCACCAAGCGGCAGCCACCCUCCUGCUUGGGCCGGGAGCCCGUCCACUUCCACUCCAGCCGAGGCUGCGUGACCCUCCUCCUGAACCCCCAAGGCGAGGUCCUCAGCGAGCACCAGGCCCCGCACUGCGUGACCCCCGUGCCCAGGACCUUCGCCGACAACACCGACUUGUCCACCGACCGUUUCCCGCUCUCAGAGGCCCGGCCCGAAGCCGACCUCUUGGAACAGCAGCCCCAGCCUCGACCCCCGUGCGAGGGUCGAGUGCGGGAGGCCGGGGCCGGGCGCCGGAGGCCGAGGACGCGGGUCCAGCUGCCCCGCCUGAACACCGGCAGGCUCUUCCGCCAGCGGCAGGUGCCCGCGCGGCCGGAGGGCGCCGCCGAGACCCACCCAGCGGUCCUGCCUGCCGUCCUCGCCCCCGAGGCCACGCUGCGCCUCCAGCACCGGCAGGCUAGGAAGGAACGCAAGGUCCGGGUGAGCGCGCGCACGGGCGUAAGGCAGCCCCGCCCCUCGGGCCCCGCCCCCAUGGGCCAGCCCCGCCCCUCGGGCCCCUCCCCGCCCUCUCAGGCCCCGCCCCGCCAGGUGUGCCGGAAGAGCGUGGACCGCGGCUGCCCCAUGGUGGCGCUGUCGGUGCAGAGCACGGCCGAGAGCAGGUUCGGCUUCCGCUUCCUCAGCUGCCCGCCCAUCACCGCGGACUCGCGCUGGCCGGUGUAGGCGAGCAGGACGGCGGCCCCGACGCCGGUGGCCCCGCGUCCCCCAAGCCCCCAC